AUUGCAUUUUGCUUCCUGGUGUCGGACUCUGGACUCUGGGCAAAAGACUCUGUGAAGCUGGACGGAGGGACUUUUCAGGGGCGUGUAGGGAUCUCGAUGGCAGCGCCACACAGCUGGGCCACCAAGCCAAAGGCCACGGUGCCACCCCACUAUUAUUCGGGGUUCCUGGAGAAGAGGAACGCCUGGGAAAAGGAGUACAAAAAAUAUUGGGCAGGUCUCCGAGAACUCAAUCUCUAUUUCUACAACACCAGCAGAGAUGCCCAGCACGUUGAGAAAAUUGACCUGGCUGAUUUCCUGUCCCUUGCCGACGACAACCCCCCACAAACUGUGGCUGCCUGGCCUGCGGACGGAGCGAGGCUGAACUUGAAAACGCGAAGCCAGGAAUUGAAACUGAAGAUGGAAAGCCUUGAGUCGCGAGAGAUAUGGAAAGGUUUUAUUCUCACGGUUGUGGAGAUGAAAGUUCCAUCCACCUUGAGUUUGCUCCCGGGUCACUUCUGUAUGUUGUCUGAAGCACUCGAGAAGGAAAAGGAACGUCGAUCCAAGGCUGACAUGAGAGUCGAGAAGCCACUUCCAGAGUGUUUCUUCAGGGUCUCCAGGACGGAGGCCGAAGUCCUUCUGGAGAAGAACGAAAACUGUGGGAAUAUGUUGCUUCGGCCCGGAGGGGAUGGCAAGAGCAUCUCCGUGUCCACCCGGCUGAAGGCGAAUGGGACCGUGUCUAUAAAGCACUAUAAAAUCAACGUGACCGAUGGAGAAUACAUCAUUGAUGUCGAAGAGCCGUAUCGCUGCUCUUCGCUUGCCAAGGUGGUGGAUUUUUUUGUAAACAGCAGCAAACGCAUCCUCGUGCCCCUGUCUCUCGACGAGAGCUACGCCAUGACUAUAGAGAUUGUGGAGACUGAUAAAGAAAGUGGAGAGACUGCCUUGGUGGCCCCGCGCUUGCCCAGUAUCCUGCCACGACCCCCAAGAGCAGGUGUACCUGGAGAAGGAAAGAACUCCCCGUCUCCUAAAUGCUUGCUUCCCCCUCCACCCUUCCAACCCCCACUUCCCGCACGGACUGCCAAGCCCAAGCAUGUGUAUGAGGCAGAAGAUGUCCCAGACCAGACAUACGUGAAUGACGAAGAUGUUGCUGAGAUGAGACAGGCCAAGCCAUUCAAAGAGUUCAAAUCCGUCCCUCCAUUCCCAACUACCGGCAAAUCUCCCUGUGGAUCCGGCCCGAGGAAAACCGGACAGGCGCUCCCUUCUCGCCUAGCAAUGUCAUUACCUAGAAGUUUCUCCACCGGGAUGUCCGAGGAACUGGAACGCAAACUUCAGGAACGGAGGGCGACCCUUCAGGAAGACUGAGCCGUCUGCACCUCUCGCCAACAGGCUGCUGAAGAGCCAAGGAAAGGAUGGGUUUUUCCUGUUUUUUCUGCAUAAGUCUUCCUCUGCUCUGUGUCCCCGGGUGAUCUCGUAGCCGUCCGUCCUUCCCAGAACUGUUCUCCUGCCUCAAUAGGCAGGACUUGAUCACCGCCAGGAACCAAGUUGGAAACAUCCGCUUCCCGGCACUGUUCGAAAAAGGGCAAAGGGUACCCUUAAGAGGCUAAACCUUGCGCAUUCCCCGUUUCCAACUCUCCCUGAGCUGUUGAGAUGCUCCCCGUCCAAAUUGCAAAGAGAGAGGGCCGGCUUUCUGAAAGGGCGGUUGCAAAGGACAGAAAAGGCCAGUUUGUUGGCGGCUGCUAAGGGGAGCAUGUUAUAGCAGGAGCAAGGAGACAUUUCUUUGUCCACAUCCCUUUUUGCGCAACCGUGCAGGGAGUCAAGAACGCAGAAACGAAUGGAUGGAAAUUUUACCUUUGUGCGCUCGUCUCCCCCCCCCCCCAACGCACAUUCACCUCCGCUGGAGGUCCUCGAAAUAAUAUAAAUGGGCGAUCUCUUUCAGCAUGAGGUGCCUACUCAGAGCUAAAUCCCCACCAUGCAAAAGGAAGCGGGGCUGAUUUCUGUGCGGAUGUGCUCAGGACAACAGCCUCCAUUUCUCUCCAAUGGAAACUGAAAAAACUCUGGCCUGGGGGGUAGCAGGGAGAAGCGCGGUGGUUCGUGCUGGGAAGUUGUCGCUUGACGUCGCCGCCGCUUGAGCAGGGAAGAGCUGGAGUUCUCGUCUUCUGUGCAAAAGGUCCAAACACUGCCAUCAAAUGGCUCAAAUGAUAAUUUUGGUUUUGGGAAACUGGACUGGUAUCACAAAGCCGACACCAAAUAAAGAUAUCCGAUAUCCCUUUUUAAAAAGAAAGAAAGAAAUUUUUUUUGUCUCUUUGAUACGUUUCUAUAGACACACGUGUUCAGCUUGGUUGUUUGUUGUGUCUAAUGUCCCACUUUCCCCACAGGGAGCUCAUACAUAGUUAUUCUCACAGCAAUACCAGCGAGGUAGGCCAGACCGAGAGGCAGAGGCUGUCCAGCGAGCUUCAAGGCUGAGCAGGGAUUUGAACCCAGACCUCCCAGGUCCUAGUCCAGAGGGUCAGCAAACUUUUUCAGCAGGGGGCCUGUCCACUGUCCCUCAGACCUUGUGGGGGGCCGGACUAUAUUUUCUUUGGGGGGGGGAAAUGAACGCUUUUCGGCCACCCGCAAAGAGGCCUGAAGAUGCUUCGUUUUACCUUUCCCAGUUGUCGUCCCAAUAGCCGCAGUUGGGCUUCUCCAGCCAGCCAGGCGCCAUGGCGGGGUAGGAGUCUGCGUUGGCCGGCAAAGACAGAAGCAGGAGCCCCGGCGGAGGAGCCGCGGAAGGAGGUAGGGGAACCGGGGCGUCGCCGGAGCUUUUACCUGCCACCUGCUGCUGCUGCUGCUGCUUUCCGAGAGGCACCGCGGAGAAGAAGACAGAGCCGGCCGCCAACCCGCAAGUGGCAGCCGCGGCCAACGUGACAACCCGCCUGAACGCCAUGGGAGGAAUGAAGGAGGGCAGGAAGCAGGCAGGCAGGCAGCGAUGAAGAAAGCUCACGAGGAAGCGGCGUGGAGAAGGGGCGCGGAGAAGGAAGGGCAAGACUGAGGGAGAGAGAGGAGGACCAGGGGGAAAAAGCAGCGGCAGUUGGCAGCACAUGCCCCCUUCACAGAGCUGCCCUGCUCAGGCAGGCAGGCGGGCGAACCAACUCCCGCCACCUGGUGUGGGACAAGAUUGCUCUGUCUCUGAGGAGAAAAGCGCUGCCGUGUGAGGGAGAGGGAAAGAACGCGCACACUGGCGAUCCACACGGCGAUUCCCGGACCGUCCGCGGGCCGGAUCUAGAAGGCAAUUGGGCCUGAUCCAGCCUGCAGGCCUUAGUUUGCCGACCCAUGUCCUAGUCCAGGGGUUCCCAAACUAAGGCCCGGGGGCUGGAUGCGGCCCAAUCGCCUUCUAACUCCGGCCCACGGACGGUCCGGGAAUCAGCAUGUUUUUACAUGAGUUGAAGGUGUCCUAUUAUUAAAAAUGCAUCUCUGGUCUUUAAGCAGAGGCUUGACAGGCAUAUGUCAAGAAUGCUUUGAUGGUGUUUCCUGCUUGGCAGGGGGUUGGACUGGAUGGCCCUUGUGGUCUCUCCCAACUCUAUGAUCCUAUGAUUCUAUGAUUCUAAUUACUGAAUUUAUAUUGCACUCCUUCCUCCUGGGCAGCAAUUCAAAACAAAAGACAGUGUUGUAGAGAAGUCACUUGAAUUCACUCUAAGGACCCCACAAAUCCCCAGAAGCCGCUGGGUUGUGCAGAAAACUGAAAUUUAUUGUUAAGGCUGGAAGCUGGUUGUGUGGUAUGAAAGUAUCGUUUUCUAAAAAACAAACAAACCAACAACUCUACAAGCUUGUAGAUUAAGGAGGUACUCUGUUCGUCAACUGUGGUCCCCCCCCCAUUAUGCCACCAUAUGACUGCUGUCUAGGUAGGGCAAUAAAAGUGUGGGGGGGAAAUAAAAACAGAACGUUUGUGGUGUAAAAGAGGUCAUGGGGUUGCAGCAGGGAGUUGCAGGAUAUACACCAAUUGCAGUCUGGCCACUGACCAAACCUUGGCAGGAGGAAACAGUGCUGAAAGCGGGAGCACAUCUGACCGCCCCAAUAGCAUCUUGAGCACAAACCGUAAUUGUUGUUGUUGUUUAGUCAUUUAGUUGUGUCCGACUCUUCAUGACCCCAUGGAACAGAGCACGCCAGGCACUCCUGUCUUGCAAUGCCUCCCGCAGUUUGGUCAAACUCAUGUUCGUAGCUUCGAGAACACUGUCCAACCAUCUCGUCCUCUGUCGUCCCCUUCUCCUAGUGCCCUCCAUCUUUCCCAACAUCAGGGUCUUUUCCAGGGAGUCUUCUCUUCUCAUGAGGUGGCCAAAGUAUUGGAGCCUCAGCUUCAGGAUCUGUCCUUCCAGUGAGCACUCAGGGCUGAUUUCCUUCAGAAUGGAUAGGUUUGAUCUUCUUGCAGUCCAUGGGACUCUCAAGAGUCUCCUCCAGAACCAUAAUUCAAAAGCAUCAAUUCUUUGGCAAUCAGCCUUCUUUAUGGUCCAACUCUCACUUCCAUACAUCACUACUGGGAAAACCAUAGCUUUAACUAUACGGACCUUUGUAGGCAAGGUGAUGUCUCUGCUUUUUAAGAUGCUGUCUAGGUUUGUCAUUGCUUUUCUCCCAAGAAGCAGGCGUCUUUUAAUUUCGUGACUGCUGUCACCAUCUGCAGUGAUCAAGGAGCCCAAGAAAGUGAAAUCUCUCACUGCCUCCAUUUCUUCCCCUUCUAUUUGCCAGGAGGUGAUGGGACCAGUGGCCAUGAUCUUGUUUUUUUUGAUGUUGAGCUACAGACCACAUUUUGCGCUCUCCUCUUUCACCCUCAUUAACAAACCAUAAUAAAUGCAUGAUAAAAAAACCAGAGGGAACUUUUGAGCAGGCAGUCAGGGACGUUGUCAUUUUAAAGGGUCUCGGGGCCACCGACCACGUUCCAAACAGCUAUGGUUCUGCUCUGAAAUGAGCUGUUGCUCUUUAAAAGAGAGGGAGGGCAGGUACAAGGCCCCAGCUUCAAAUCCAGCCUCGUUGCACAAGGUUGGGCUGGGAAAGAGUCCUGCCUGAAACCUUGCAGAGACGUGGCCGCUCAGUGUUGACUGUACUGAGCCAGGGGGACAAAUAAUAUAACUUGGUACAAAUCGGUUCAUGCUGGAGGAGACCAAACACCAGCUUUGCAUUGCACAAGGUUCUGGGUUCAGUUCCUGACAGCUCUCUUAAAAAAAAUACUCCUGCCAAUCAGAGGAGACCUUACUAGGUGAUAUGGGCAUAGGGUCAGAUGUGGUACUAUAAGGCCCAAUACUAUGUGCCUCACCUGUUUCUGACAGUUUCCUGAGUGCCACUGGGAUGCCACCCAAUUUAAAAGACUGCCAGGUUAUUUCAGAAUGCCUUGCCAUUUCUAUUGCAAUGGGUUAACCAGGGGUCCCCAAACUAAGGCCUGGGGGCCGAAUGUGGCCCAAUCGCCUUCUAAAUCCGGCCCGCGGACGGUCCGGGAAUCAGCAUGUUUUUACAUGAAUAGAAUGUGUCCUUUUAUUUAAAAUGCAUCUCUGGAUUAUUUGUGGGGCAUAGGAAUUUGUUCAUUAUUUUUUUUCAAAAAAUAGUCCGGCCCCCCACAAGGUCUGAGGGACAGGGGACUGGCCCUCUGCUGAAAAAGUUUGCUGACCCCUGGGUUAAGCCUUUCUGCAUUUGCAGUCUUCUCUGAGAGUCCUGUGUCCGGGCUGCCCAUUGCUGUUGUCUCCUGCUUGGGAAUGGCUUGCAUCAAAUCUGCCCCAAACUCUUUCAUAACCACCCUCAUGAUUCUCCUCAAAGGAUUAGGAAGAUACGGCCAGCUUCCUUUCUGGAAGCAAAGAUGAGAAAACUAACCUGCCCUUCCCUUGGUCUCCUUUUUUUGCGGAGCAUCGUUGCUAUGUGGGGGUGGGGGAAAAGAAAAUCUUUCCUUCCCAUCCUGCCAUUCUGAGGAUCAGUCCACGUUUUCUGGGGCCAAAAACUGCGCAAUGGCAGGCGGGUUUUGGGAGAGCGGAGGCCCAGACUUCCGACACCACAACAGGUUGGUUUCCGAUUGCCUUGCCUGGGGCCGGCCCAAGCCAUUUUGGCGCCUGAGGCGAACCGCAAAAGGGUGGCCCCCCCUUCCCAUCCGGGAAGAAGGGGUGAGUGAAAAUCUACAAAACAGAAACAAGGGGGGGUGGAAUAAUGGGUGUACAUUGAGAUCUGCUGCCCCUGUGGCUGCUUCUGCCUGAGGCCAUAACUUCACCUUGCCUCAUGGGCCCUGAAUGCAGAUCUACAUUGGGUUCCGCUGCCCGAGGCUAUCGCCACACCUUGUCUCAUGGGUGCGCCAACCCUUGCCAAAGACUUUUAAAAGCCAAUGGGCAGAGGUGCGUGCCCGCUGACCCCAUUCAUGGCCUGCACUAUCCUUUGUGUGCGCGCCCCCCCCCACAAAUUAUGCAAUGUCAGGACUCUGUGCUCCUUCGUUUCAUUUGCAUAACGUCAGAAUUUGGACCGAGUCACCGCAGAAUGAAGGGGAAAAAAAACAGAACAAAACUCGACAUGGGCUGUACACGCGGCAGCCUUGCAGGCUGGUCUUCUCUCUCUCUCUCUCUCUCUCUCUCUCUCUCUCUCUCUCUCUCUCUCUCUCUCUCUCUCUCUCCGCCUUUUCCAUACGUUUCUGACCAUGCAAAACCCUCGGCCCCACAUCUCGUCAAAGUCAAAAGUGGAGAUUUGGUGUGAUGGUGCUGGGGAGCCCCUGUCCCCCAUAAUCAAUGUUUUUACAAUCAUAGGCAGAUAAAACAAACCAAUACAUUCAUGGUG